AUGACCAGGAAAGAAAUUUUUGAUUACCUUCUUGUGAAGAAUUACCUGGAAAGGCAGAUCCGACAGCUGGAACUCGAAUCCAAGCAAGACGAAAAGGCUGCACCACUAUUGCCCUUCUCCCCCAUUUUGACUGAUUUGUGCGAGGCUCGUGCUUUGGUCAAGUUGCUGGAUCCAAAGGAUGCUGCUCAAAAGCUCUUUCAGUCACAGGCCCAAAUCGCAGCCCUGCUUGACAAGACCAAGAAUAACUCGAGCGAUUUCCAGAUCGAGAAACAACUGCCUUUAGGACAAUUGGAAGAUCUUUCAGUCGGUAUUCAGGAGGAACUAGUUGGCAUCCAGCUGGGAAACGGCGCUGCAAUAGUGGGCAAUCCUAUUGGGCGUGAGGGAUUGCACAGUGAGCUUAUGGCAGACAUGAUUGCCUACACGCCAGAGGAAGUCAUCGCGAUUGGCGAGAAAGAGUUCAAAUGGUGUGUGCAUGAGCUCAAAAAGGCAUCACGGGACAUGGGAUAUCAGGAGAACUGGAAAGAGGCUCUAGAAGAAGUCAAGCAGGAUUUUGUGGAACCAGGAAAACAGACGGAUCUUGUUCGAGAUCUGACACGUGAAGCAAUCUCCUUUUUUGAAGGGCAUCAGCUUGUAACUGUGCCGCGACUCGCAAAGGAGACCUGGCAGAUGUCCAUGAUGUCGCCUGAGCGCCAAAAAACGAAUUCAUUCUUUCUCGGAGGCGAAUGCAUUAUCGUGUCGUAUCCAACCGACGAGAUGGAUCAUGGAGACAAGCUGAUGAGCAUGCGUGGGAAUAACAUCCAUUUCUCCCGUGCCACGGUCUUCCAUGAGAUGAUCCCCGGUCAUCACUUGCAAAUGAACAUGAUCGCGAGACACAGACCGUAUCGGCGUCUACUUGACACCCCUUUCUGGAUUGAUGGGUGGGCUUUGUAUUGGGAAUUCAUUUUGUGGAAUGAUGAUCGAUUCAAGAAGACAUCUCAGAACCGAAUUGGGAUGCUAUUUUGGCGACUUCACCGGUGCGCCCGGAUCAUCUUUUCUAUGAAGUUUCAUCUGGGUCAGAUGAGUCCCCAAGAAUGUAUUGAUCUCCUUGUUGACGAAGUGGGUCACGAACGUGCUACUGCAGAAGGAGAAGUGAGAAGGUCGUUGAAUGGUGAUUAUUCGCCGUUGUAUCAGGCUGGGUACAUGUUGGGUGCAUUGCAGAUCUAUGCUCUUCGAAAGGAAACUAUGGAAACGGGGAAAGUAGAUGAAAAGGACUUCCAUGACAGCUUUUUGAAAGGAAACUGCAUGCCAAUCGAGUUGGUUCGUGCCUUGGUGCAAGAUCGACAAUUAUCACGCGAACGAAACCAUCUUGGAAAUUUUAUUCGCUUUGACUUCACUCAACCCUGGUCAACUGGUCCAGGUCGACUAUAG